CUGCUGCUUAUCUUCCCCUCUCUUUCUCGCCCUCCCUGGCGGCCAUCACAACAACAACAGCAGCAGCAGCCAACACACCCUCCACCGCCGAUGCAGCAGCAGCAGUAGCAGCACCAGCACCACCAUCACUUGCUGCUGAACACAUUCCCCAACUACCCAACCAACCAACCAGCCCAUCGCCCGCUGCUGCUGACGGAAGCUGGUUGUUUGCAGCUGGGAACAGGUCGCGACAGCACAAGUUGCAUUUCGGCGGGCAGCAGCAAGCAGAGGUGAUGCACACGCACAGACAGCAGGAUGAGGGAAAUGUCGAGGAUACUUGCCACGCGUGCCAGCUGCACUCGUAUCACACAUGGAUGGUAAUGAUGGAAGCGGGCUCGCAUGCCGACUGCUGCUGCUGCAACUUCCCCGAUUCAGCUGCCGCUGCUGUGCUCAUGCAGUGUUCCCAUGUGCUUGAGCGAGAAGCAGCUGUGGACACACACGUCCAUGGUCAUGGUGGACACAUCUAACCACAGCGACGCAGUCAUGUGCAGCAGCUCCGCUAUCAUCACCAUCGCCAUCGACUGCACAGCCGCCAUCACACUCCGGCCGACGCCAGCCCCAAUCUGGCGUGAGGCAGACAUUGCACGUGUCAGCCGCUCUGAUGAAGAGAUGGUGUGCGGCACACUGCUGUUUGCUCAAGGCGCCCCCUCGACACGUGCCUGUGCAAGGCUUAGCGCAUCAGCUCAGGCACGCAGCUGGUGUUCAGCAAAGAGGGCGGGCGGGGUCUGCCUCGACUACUCCCGGACCCAAGCAUGCAGGCUGAGACAUUGCCAUGCCGGACCUCCGGCAGCCUUCAUCCAGAACGCACGAAGCACGGCAGCCCAGAGCAGACACCAUUGUGCUCGAAAACGCCACCACAACCACAAACGUGCGCGACCUCACCACAUUCACGUGCAGACACAUCAACGCGACCCUUUUUGUUGGCCUCCGUGACCCGUUGCUGUUGUUCUUCUCCUUGUUGGUGACCUGCUUCUUUUUCUUCCCGCUUGUGCGCGUUCGCCCUUGUCGGUGCGCGGGGUCCGGGCUUGCUCCUUCGGGGCACGUUC